GAGUGAAGAAGUAUUAAAAUUAGGGCUUUUGAAAAGCAAAACCCCUCCAUUUUUCCACACACUCGUGCUACACAGCAACCCAGCGUCCACAAUGACGAGCGAUGCCGACAUGAGUGGUUGGACUGGUCUGCUGCAUUCUUCUUCCAAGCUAAUUGAACAAGCCGCUCCUUCUGCUCAGUUUCCGCCGCUUCAGAGGAAUUUGGAUCAGUUGGAGGCUCUCUCGAAGAAGCUCAAGGCCAAAACCCUACGCGCCGAAGCUCCGUCCCAGUCUAUUGCGGCUACUAGGCUAUUAGCUCGGGAGGGGUUAAAUGCAGAGCAGCUAGCUCGUGAUCUCAAGUCCUUUGAAUUAAAGGUUUUUAUAUUCUCCCUGUAAAGACCACAUUUGAAGAUGUAUUUCCUGCGGAGGCAACAACAGUUGAAG